AUGGCGGUGGAUGCGGAGACAUUUUACGGGAAGAGGAAAAGCGAGAAACCGAUCUUCGAAGUGAACAUAGAAAAAUACGGCAUCCUGAAAAGGCUAAAACGGUUCGAUCAGUCUGUUUCGCAGGGUGUAAGAAAAAGGUGGUUCUACAAACAGCACGAGGCCCUUUCACAUUACGCCCAACUGAUCGAGGUACAUUCAAACGCCGAGGCAGAUACUGAUGUGGAGGCGGAGGAAGGGGCACCCCCAAGUCGGGCCACCUCCUCCCGCAAUGGACAAGGAAUAAUUAUAUACACGGAGGAGAUAGAAAAUGCCAAGAGAUGCUUCGUAUUGGACAGUCUGUACCGCUUCCUGAAAUUCUACUGCUUCUACGCCUUGUCGUUGGAAGACAUAUACUUCGAUGAGAAAGGGCCCAGCGCCGGGAAACCACACAAUUUGCCCUUAUGCAAAUCAUCGCCAUGCAAAUCGACGCCAAACGAAGCGCCACCAAACGAAGCGCUCACAGGGGGUGGACGCCCACCACAUGACCAACCAAUGCAUCUCUACGAACUCAUCUUGGCAAACGAAAAACGGUGGCUCUUCUUCGACCUGGAGUACGACGUGCUAAACGGGCACCAAAAUAAGGACUCCAUCCUCUUCAUAUUCCUCAUCGAGCUGUGCUUAUUCGUGUACACCAAUUUCGAUGUAAAAAUUUGCUUAAAUGAUGUUAUAAUUUUAGAUAGCUCUACAAGCGAAAAAAUAUCCUUCCACGUAAUUAUAAAAAAUAUUCAUUGCCUACACCAUGAUGAUGAUUAUUACGAAUAUUUAAAAGAUUAUUGUUACUUUUUUCAAAAUCGCCUGAACAAGUCAGAUGAUUUUUUUUACGAAAAGUACAAAAAAAGGCAAACUAAGUUCAGUCCACAAAUGAGCCAGAAAAAGCUUCUCCUUUUUAACAACGAAAAUUGCAUAAAAUAUUUUGUCGACCUGUUUAUAAAUCAUAUUUCGCGAGCAAUACAGGAAAAUGAAAACGCUUAUGUCAUUAAUUUAUCUACUGUUUAUAUAAAGGGUGAAAAGGCAUCUCCUCUUCCCACUGAAGACAACGCCAAUUUGUGUUCCCGUGGCUCUACUAAUGUGCAAGACCGGACAAGUGAUACCCACCAGGGAAGCAUCACUGGAGAAAAUGACACCACCCGUUGUAAGUUCAAUGGGAGUUGUCCAAAUUUGUCUGAGCCAUGCGGGGAUAACCAUAGGGGCGCUUUUGCCAACCCUAACUUGCAGAACGAAUCGAGAGAACACCCCGUUGAGGAAAAAACAGCGCUCGACCUCAUAAACGACUUCAGCGAGAUACACGAUGUUGUGAUGGCCAUCAGUGGUGGGGAGAUUCCUAGAGAUGAUAGCACGUCCGUCAGUGGAAGGAUAAUUUUGAACGAUCAGAGUAGUUCGCUCUGUGGAGGGGCACCCAACGGGGACGGAAACAAACCUAGGGAUGCAAAAGAAAGAAUAAAAAACAGUUCGUACUUUUCCAUGUACACUAAAUCACUAAACGAUAUAGUGCAAAUUUAUGUUCAUAAAUUAGAAAAUGCAAAAGGAAAUAAUUGUUUUGACAGAGCAGAUGAUAAUUUUCUCAUUCUUCUAUUUGCAAUGAAGAGGGACGAAGUUGUGGACAACAAAAACGGGGAGACAAAUACGCAGAAGAACAUUCCAUCCGUAGAGGACACUGACUCCACGCCCUCACGUGAAGAGAAGAACCUUCAGGGAGAUGUCCACAAUAAAGAGGAACUUUUUCAAAUGCACGGAAACGAAAAUGGUGACCAAGAAAUGGUACUGCUCAAAUGCAUUGUGGAUAAUUCUGUGUAUAGCAGGAACAGAAAUUUCCGCAUGAUAUUUUCGAGCAAAAAGAAAAAAAAAAAUAAUAGCAAAUUAAUGCUUAGCAGGUAUAAUGUGAAGAGAUAUAAUAAAGCGAACGUAGACAGCUUGAUAUUAAAAAGUUUGGUCACUUUUUAUCAGGACGAUGAUGUGAGUUGUCAAAUAGGGGAGGACGUAAUUUUUAAGAGGGACCAGAUGGACACGUUUGGACAGUCGAAUGGGCUUCCCUAUGAACACCUGCACAGACCGACGUGCGCCUCUUCCCAUAUCGCUUUUUCCCGCUGCGGCACUGGAAACGCGAAAAAGGCACGCAUUUGGGCAACGCCCGUCACCAAAGAGCUGUACGUACACAAAGGCAUUCAAUUAGAAGACAUUAAUGAUGCCCACGUGCACACCAUUUUAAAAAUUAUUUUCUUCUGGAAUUUUGAAUUAUAUAAAAAUUUUAAAAAAAACAAAAUAUAUGUAAAUAAAUUUCAAGGAGAAAUUAGCAAGGAAUAUUUUUACAGAAUUGUUUCCAUCCAUAAUAGGCUACAGUAUGACCUCUACAGGCAGGGCGCGAGCGAGGGGGAAGUCGCCUCAUCGGAGGAGUAUUCAUCUGUGGACAAAUCAUCAACACAGGAAAUACACACACAAAAUAGCAGCACAUCAGAGGAGAUACAACAGCAUGAUCAUGUGUCCCCCGUGCGAAAAGGCAUAAUCACGCCGCAAUUUUGCAAUAACCUAGACACAUAUGAUGAUUUAUUUUUAAAAAAUGAGAAAUUUUAUUCAUACGUCUUGGAUGAGUAUACAAAAUGCACACAGAUCAAAAAAGAAAAAAAUUAUGCCCUUCUCUUCCUCAUAAAAUAUUUUAUAUAUUCCAUCACAUGUAACGCGGAGGAGUACAUUCUCCAUUUCAGGGAAAACAAAUUUUGUAAAAAUAAAAACCGUGCACACAAAUCAAAUCACAUAUAUGUUGUUUUUAACCAUCUCAAAAAUUUAUUUGUGCAAAAAUGCCAUGACAGUGAGUGCUCCCACUUUGUGUCAGAGAUUUAUUAUCUGUAA